CAGACUGGCAAAAACUUAAGAACUAGAGAAGAAGUGGCGAAACGGGAUUGCAGCGUCGCACUCCCUACCCCGGCAGGUGCGCGAUCACAGACACGCCUUGCAGAGGGGCUUCGACCGGCACUUCCGGUCCCGGAAGGUCGUGCUUUUUGACCCCGGAAGUCCGGGCGGGCGCAGAGCCGGGUGCGUUUUGCGACAGAGCCGUAAAGGCGCGCGGGAACAUGGGGCUGUAUGCUGCAGCUGCAGGCGUGCUGGCCGGCGUGGAGAGCCGCCAGGGCUCUAUCAAGGGGUUGGUGUACUCCAGCAACUUCCAGAACGUGAAGCAGCUGUACGCGCUGGUGUGCGAAACGCAGCGCUACUCCGCCGUGCUGGAUGCCGUGAUCGCCAGCGCCGGCCUCCUCCGUGCGGAGAAGAAGCUGCGGCCGCACCUGGCCAAGGUACUAGUGUAUGAGUUGUUGUUGGGAAAGGGCUUUCGAGGGGGUGGGGGCCGAUGGAAGGCUCUGUUGGGCCGGCACCAGGCGAGGCUCAAGGCUGAGUUGGCUCGGCUCAAGGUUCAUCGGGGUGUGAGCCGGAAUGAGGACCUGUUGGAAGUGGGAUCCAGGCCUGGUCCAGCCUCCCAGCUGCCUCGAUUUGUGCGUGUGAACACUCUCAAGACCUGCUCCGAUGAUGUAGUUGAUUAUUUCAAGAGACAAGGUUUCUCCUAUCAGGGUCGGGCUUCCAGCCUCGACGACUUUCGAGCCCUCAAGGGGAAGCAUUUUCUCCUGGACCCCUUGAUGCCGGAGCUGCUGGUGUUUCCCGCCCAGACAGAUCUGCAUGAGCACCCACUGUACCGGGCCGGACACCUCAUUCUGCAGGACAGGGCCAGCUGUCUCCCAGCCAUGCUGCUGGACCCCCUGCCAGGCUCCCAUGUCAUCGAUGCCUGUGCCGCCCCAGGCAAUAAGACGAGUCACUUGGCUGCUCUUCUGAAGAACCAAGGGAAGAUCUUUGCCUUUGACCUGGAUGCCAAGCGGCUAGCGUCCAUGGCCACGCUGCUGGCCCGGGCUGGCGUCUCUUGCUGUGAGCUGGCUGAGGAGGACUUCCUGGCGGUCUCCCCCUCAGACCCGCGCUACCGUGAGGUCCACUACAUCCUGCUGGAUCCUUCCUGCAGUGGCUCGGGUAUGCCGAGCAGACAGCUGGAGGAGCCUGGGGCAGGCACACCUAGCCCGGCGCGUCUGCAUGCCCUGGCAGGGUUCCAGCAGCGAGCCCUGUGCCACGCGCUCACUUUCCCUUCCCUGCAGCGGCUCGUCUACUCCACGUGCUCCCUCUGCCGGGAGGAGAAUGAAGAUGUGGUGCGAGAUGCGCUGCAGCAGAACCCCGGUGCCUUCAGGCUAGCUCCCGCCCUGCCUGCCUGGCCCCACCGAGGCCUGAGCACGUUCCCGGGUGCCGAGCACUGCCUCCGGGCUUCUCCCGAGACCACGCUCAGCGGUGGCUUCUUCGUUGCUGUAAUUGAACGGGUCGAGGUGCCGAGCUCAGCCUCACAGGCCAAAGCAUCAGCACCAGAAUGCACACCCAGCCCAGCCCCAAAGAGAAAGAAGAGACAGCAAAAAGCCGCAGCUGGUGCUUGCACACCGCCUUGCACAUAGCAGAGGCUCUGGGCUGACUCCUUCCUGGUGGGAAAGGAAGACACCCGUCCUUUCCGUGGAGGACCCUGGGCCCUCACCGCAGGCAGCAGUUUGGGUUUUGAAAGGUUAUUGGGUCCCUUCCUCGGGCUAUGUUCUUGCUGGUAAGCAAAGUGUUGCCUGCAGAAAUAAAAUGCAGAACAUAUUCUAUGA